AUGGCUGGUAUCCCCCCCGAGAAUUCCUAUUUCGUGGCUCAGGAUGCCCAGGAUAUGCGUGACCGACUCCCUCAAACCGGCAAUCUGCAGAUCCUGUUGUUCAUGGAUGUCGUCCAAGGAGUAUGCGUCGAACCAGGCACACAUUUCUUCCUGGAACCUGUCACUCCAACGAUCGCGAGAGGUGGGAAAUACCCAACGCCAGUUCGGGAGGCAAGAGGCCAAAUUGUGGCCCUUGGAGGUCAUGGAGGAAAAGAGCUCUUCGGCGAACUCAGGUCCAUUACUCCCGCGGCCAUGAAGCAAGAUGGCUGUGUGCGUGUGCGAACUUUGCGCCUGAGCCAUGACCAUAUAAUUCACUAA